UUCAUGCGCCAACAACUUUCAGAGAGAACUGAAGUGCAACGAUACAGCAACAUCAUUGUGGCCUCGGAGACGAUUGCGUUCAGCUCUAAAUUUCAAUCGUCGAAAGUUGUUCGCAGAUCAAGUGACACCCGUGAAACGAAGAGAUAGCAUCGCUGGUAGAGCUAGAAUUUAUCCAAAAUGCUGAAAAUCGUUCUCUUGAUGAUGUUCGCGGCCUUCGCACCGACCACCGCGUUGCCGUUGAGGAACACCUUUUACGAAGAUGUCGACGAUUACAGUCGGGAUUUUAUCCCAAAGGAAAACGCCGAUUAUGACGAGUCUGCUUACGACGGAUAUCUGUUCCGCCGCGAUCCGAUCGAAAGAAACUCAGAUCUCUUGGGGAAGUAUCCUAGCAUUCGAGAACGUCUGUAUGAUGAAUUCUAUAACCGCGAUCUACCGGAAGACGACAAGAACAAGGCUGAGGAAGACGAGGGAGAGUAUGAGGAGGACGACAAUGACUACGAUCGUGAACUGAACGACGAUAGGUCUUUUCCAAAAUAUUCUAGAGAAGAAGAUGCCGAGGAGUCGCUUUAUCGUGAAGAGGAGCCGUUGAGGAGUGAUGACGAAGAGGAAUCUUACAGUGCACCAGUAGAAAAUGACGAUAGUGAAGCGGAGUAUUUCGAGGAGGAUCCCAAUGACGUCGAGGCGGAAGAAACCGAAGAUGCUGAGGAUGAGGCCCUUCCGUCUGACGAUGAACCCGAAGAAGUAUCGAACGACUUUGCAGACGAUGCUUUGGAAACAGCCGAAGAGGAAGCUGAGGCCGCACAAGAUGAUGAGGCCCAUAGUGCACCAGCAGAGGAGGAUACAGCUCAGCAGGAUGAAGCAAAGGAGGAUUCUGUAAAAGACGAAGCAGAGAUGCCCACCGAUGAGGACGAAGCAGAGAUGCUCACCGAUGAGGACGAAGCAAAGGAGGAAGAUGAGCCUGAAAAGGAGGAGGAUGCUGAAGACACAUCAGAGGAGGAGGAUGAGGCCGCGGAAGUUAGCCAGAACGAAGAUGAAUCAGACGAGGAUAAAUAUGAUGAUGACACCUUUGCAGAUGAUGAGAUAGAGGAAGUACCUCAAGAGGAAGAUGAGGCCAAGGAAGAAGAGGAGGCAGCGAAGGAAGAAGAUGAGGCAGAAGAGACAGGUCAUAACGACGAUGCAGGUGAGAAGGCAGAGGAUGAAGCCAAAGAGGAAGAGGAGGCCGAAGACGUGCCUCUGGAAGAAGAUGCAGCUGAGGAAGUACCUCAAGAAAUGGAUGAAAGUCAAGAGGAAGACUAUGCCGAGAAAGAGGCAGAUGAACCAUCUGACGAUGAAGAUGAAGCCGAAGAGGCCGCUGAUCACCGUGUAAGUGCGUCUCGCUUCAGAGAUCUGCCUUCUGUGGAGAAAAUGGUCAUGGACACCAAGAAGUUGGAAAGAGAACUGGCGUAUUUUAAGAAGAAUGGACUUCUGGACGAAGAGGAUGCUUAUGAGCUUGACCAGUAAACCUGAUGAGUUUAAAGCAUAUCUUUCUUAAUUUUUUUUUAAUCACAAUCAUUUUACAAAAAGAUAGCAGACCUUUUUUUCAAGUUAAACUUGCAUGUGCAGUAUGUUGUAUAAUCGGUAUUAUAUUCAAAAUAAGCUUGUAAAAAAAUUUUAUUUUUAUUAAUUAGAAAGCCUUUGUUUCCAUUUUCCAUUGUUUCUAAGCAUUUUUGAAAUUUCCUUUUGAACGCCAAGUGUAUUGUCAAAAUUUUGU